UUGUGGGGCUCCAGCAUGUGAAGUGGACUGAAGGUGGAGUGGAGUGUUACACUUGGCAUCCCGAAAUCCAAGCUUUAGUAUGAUAUGAACCCCGCAUUUUCGCUUCCCCAGGUUAUCCUGGUGAUUCCACAUCUAGACCCCCUUUGGAAAAUGGGAGCGUCUGAGCAUGGUAUAUAUAUUAUCCAACAUCCUCCUCAAUGAAUGUGAAUCAUUCACUUCAUCGUCUAUUUUACCAGUGAAUUUCCUUUCAUCAAUUCAAGUACAAGACCUCGUCUCAUUUUGCAUAAUGGGACCUCGAAUCAUUAAUGCUGAGGAGAGAACGAUUGGUUUUGAGCCUCAGAAUGAGAAACCUGGUGUUGAUCACGAAGAGCAUGUGGGUCAUCUCAAUAAGGGCGCCCAUGCGCUUGCAGAGAGAGGUCAUGAAGCGACUGAUAGGUUUGUAGUUUGAGAUAUCACCCCAUGUUAGUCGGUUGCUUAUUGAUUUUCUAGGCGAGGCCAGUCGCUUGUAACAUUUGACCCUAUCGCGGAAAGAAAGUUAAGAUUGAAGAUUGAUUUAAUGAUCGUCCCUACUGUGGCAUUAUUGUAUCUCUUUUGCUUCAUCGACCGUGCAAAUAUUGGUGAGUCCUCAACAAAAGCACUCCUUUUCACAUCGGACGAUAGUAAUAUCAAUAUUUUAGGCAAUGCCAAACUUGCGGGGCUCGAAAAAGACCUGAAAUUGGUGGGCUAUGAUUACAACAAAGUUCUAUCAAUCUUCUACAUCUCGUACAUCAUCUUCGAAAUCCCUGCAAGUAUGGCCUGCAAAUGGAUGGGUCCACGCUGGUUUAUUCCCGCAACUUCGUUGGCCUUUGGAAUCUGCUCAAUUUGCACCGCAUUUGUGCACAACAUUCACGCUAUCUCAGGCGUUCGUUUUCUCCUAGGUGUUUUUGAGGCGGGUGUGUUGCCAGGUAUUGCAUACUAUAUGUCUCGUUGGUAUCGGCGAUCCGAAUUGGCGUUUCGUCUAUCGCUAUACAUUGUCAUGGCUCCGCUGGCUGGUGCCUUUGGAGGUUUGCUCGCGUCGGGAAUUCUAAAGCUGCCAAGCUUUGGCUCCCUCCACUCAUGGCGAAUGAUAUUCGCUAUCGAAGGUAUCGUUACCUGUUGUCUCUCACUUAUCGCCUUCCUAACUCUUACCGAUCGUCCGGCAACCGCAAAAUGGCUCACACAAGAAGAAAAAGAUCUCGCUAUCGCGCGUGUCAAAUCCGAGAGAGUUGGAGCUACUGAAGUUCUAGAUGCAUUCGACUCCAAGAAGAUCCUCCGUGGUAUCUUCAGUCCGGUAACUAUUGCUACGUCCUUUAUUUUCCUCCUGGACAACAUUACCGUCCAAGGUCUUGCUUUCUUUGCUCCCACCAUUGUGAAGACUAUCUAUCCGAAAGCAACCGUCAUCUCCCAGCAACUCCAUACUGUCCCUCCUUACAUCGUCGGUGCAUUCUUCACACUUCUUUUCCCUUUCCUCAGCUCGCGUUUCGACCGACGUAAUGUCUUCUUCAUCAUAAGCGCCCCCCUAAUGAUGUGCGGCUACAUUAUGUUCCUCGCCAGCACAGAUGGCCAAACCCGCUACGGAGCCACCUUCCUCAUAGCCAGCGGAGCCUUCUCAUUCGGCGCUUUGGCCAAUGCCCAAGUCGCCGCAAACGUCGUCUCGGACACCGCACGCUCGAGUGCCAUUGGUACUAAUGUUAUGAUGGGAAAUAUUGGAGGUCUCAUAUCCACAUGGUCAUUUUUGCCUUCAGAUGCACCUAACUAUCAUAUCGGGAAUGGACUUAAUUUAGCUACUGGAACAACCAUCUUCUUUUUAUCGAUUGCGUUGCUUUUGUGGAUGAAGAUGGAUAAUAAGAAAAGGGAAAAGAGAGACGUGGAUGCCGAGUUGGAUGGUUUGACUCAGAAACAAGUUCAAGAUUUGGAUUGGAGACAUCCGGGGUUCAAGUGGAAGCCUUAGAGAUAGGUUCGGUUGGUUCAUGGGGUGUGCUUAGUAAUGAUCUGUUUACGAUUAUUUUCCUUAAUAGAAAAUCUGAUUGGGAGGUCAGUACCUAGGCACCAUAUGCUGGAACAAGUAAUAAUUUAAUUCUAUGAGGGAUUCUAUCCAAGUGAAUACGGGGACUAGGUUGAUAGUGGUUAAGCGAUAAAUCCCCUUUUCACCCUAAUAACAUUGGUUCAUGAAAGCAUCAAUCGUCAUUAGGC